GAUCGACUAAACCGACCCGGAAGAGUGGGGAAAUAGAGAAGACGAACUGAUAAACCAGCAGAAAUCUCGCCAUGGCAGCAUCAAGCUCUAAACUUUCAAUCAUCAUCUUCUUCCUACUGUUUUCAAUUCUCUUCCUUUCAUCUCCAGCUUCAUCUGGCGUCACUGGAAAAUACCCAUCAGCCUCUUCGCAUCGCAGCUUGCUAGCUUUUAAGAGGAACAACAAGAAUCAGAUCCCUAAUUGCAGCGAAAUGGCGUCGAGAUCUCAGUGCAUGCAGAACCCCAAGUGCCGGUGGUGCCGCAGUGAAGUUCUUGAUGACAUGUGCUUUAGCAAGGGCGAGGCUUGGCGCUUGCCUGAACAGGUCUUUCUUUGUGAGUUGUGACUGAUUCGCUUUGAGCUCUCAUUUCUAUUACUCUUUUUUUGCUGUCUUGUAUUCUUUAACUCGAAAGGGGAUCUUGUUUUCUUCUGGGAAUUGGGGAAUUUGGUUUUCUAGGAAGGGGAUCUUGUGAUUCUUGUCUUUGUAUGAACUGGGAACUCGUUUUUAUGUAUACUGAUCUGAUUUAUGACCCCAUUAAAUUGAAGAAAGGAAAGUGAGCUUC